AGAAUGAAUACGUAAAUAAGUUAAUGUUCCUGAACUCCCAAGUAAAGAUAUUCAUUUUAUUUUUCAAAGUUAAAUAGGCAGAAUCCACCUAUGAAAUAAACUGCACUGCAUUUAUAUUUAUGGAGACAAAGUAUAUUAUGAUCAGACUGGGGUGGGAUGAAAGUCUGAACCUGUGAGAAGAAAUCUGAGCCUUGAAGAUUUAGGAGAUACAUUACUACUUAAGGUUUCAGAAGGAAGACUAGAAGAAUGAAUGAUUUUCUUUCAGGGCCUUCUCAAGUCAGGAGACCACUGCCAUUUUCCACAAAUUUAAAAAAAAAGAAUGUUUAUAUUUAAAACCCACAUUUUUCUCUCAGGACCAUUUCUCAAACUUGGUGUUUACUGGAGGAAGUUAAGAAAAGAAAGAUAAGAGAUGCGUGUGGAGGUAGGUCACUGAGCUUAGUCUGCACACGCAUAGAUAAAGCCACUAACGCAGCUUCUGUGAGGUUCGGUGAGACAUGCACCACACACAGUGACGGAUUGUGCUUUAUUUGUUCGGUAUGCCUGAAGAAGUGACUUAUGCUACUCUCCAAUUUCCAAAAUCUUCCCAGUUGAAGACAUCCCAGGAGAGUUACAGCCUCAAGAGAGCAGUCAAUCAUGAAGUGCCUGAAAUGGAGAUGGAUGGUGAAACUGAAAAUAGAGAAGAGAGAGUUGAGAGCAGAGCUGAGAUGGCCGAGAGCAGAGCUGUAGCAGGACAUAGCACUCAGUCAAAAGUGUGGUGCACCGUGGCUUUCAUUUCGAUAACCGUGAACCUGGUGGUGUUGGCUGGACUGGGGACCCUGGGCCUGAUGAAUUACUGGAAACUCAUCUUCAACAACGGAACAGCAAAUGAUAUUGAACAAAGCAAAAUACAACAGUUGGAGGAAAAUGUAACACUAUGCAUGAAUAUGUAUAAUAAUGCCUCAAAUGAGCAUAUCAUUUACAAAAAUAUAACACAAAACAUAUUAAAAGAGCUGAAAAACUUUACCUCAGAAUACUGUGAAGACUUAAAGAAGAAGGAAAAUGAUGUCGGAUUUCACUCAUGUUCGGAGUCACGUAUGUGGUAUGGAAAUGGAAGACAAUAUCAUGACCAGAUGAAUAUGGACAAUAAGACAAAUUGCAACCAAACCCAGCUAUUCUUUAAAUGUCUUCCAUCAACUUUCCCCGAGAUGGAUCUGAAUUGUUCUCUCAAGAAAAGAAACCAGGAAGAAGAAAGGAUUUUAAAAUUUUGCAUUGUGACCUGUGAGUUAACCUGUCACUUGCUUCUUGUCAAUGAUAAAGGAAAUGCACUAUGUUAAUUUUGAAGAUGUCUCUCUGACAGCCAUCCUCCAUAUGUGGUCAAACUGUAUCAAGAGAAGGUAAAAUGUUUCUGAGAGCAUUUGCCUGUAGCUCAGGCAGUUCUUUUUCAGCAAAAUAUCUGUCCUAUAUAGAAGGAGUUCAUGGAAUCGAGAACCCGGAAGGUAGAAAUUCAGAAACUCUGUUAUGCUUCCCUGUCCUUCUUUUCACGUUCCUAGUCUACGCUUUCCUAAGGCCCUGAGGAAUGGAGAGAAGGUACAAAGACAAAGUCAAAUCAGGGUCAAUGAUAUUAUCUUGUGUGAUACAAGAUAGAAUGGGAAUCAGCGUAACUAUAUGAUUUGUUGUCCCAACCUGAAUACUUUGAGAAUAAAAGGAAUCACUAUUCAUAAUUGCAUUAAGACACCAGGCAUGAAUCUGAAGUGUCCUGGGCAUACCCAGACUUUUCAAUGACCUCUUGGGUGGAAUUGUCAAGGAAAGACCCAGAGGUAGCUUUGGGCCCUAGACAGUUGAGGGUUCUGGUGAAUCACCAUAGUUAUUUUCACUUUGGUCUCUUAACUAAAAUAAUCUGACAAGAAAAGAAUAACUUUUGGCAAUAGUAGAUUGGACUCUGAGGUAAUUGUUUAUUUUUCAAACUAAAGCACACAAUUCAUUUUUUUUUUUUUUUU